GCGGCAAUGUUUUUAAUCUGACCACAGAACCUGUUCGCUCACUCUUUCUUCCUCUAAGACAGUUCACACGUUCCCUCACAAUAGUUCCUUGAUGUCAGAGCUGCAAUAGAGAAGUGCUCUGUGUAGCAGCAAUACAAGUGCCACCGCCCUGAACCCAAUCCGAUGACCUGUGGACGAGGACCUCUGUGUUGACAUGCCUGUGAAAGGUGCCCCUUUCCCAGGCAGUGUAUUGUACAGCCAGCCAUGGAGCAUCAAACCUGGGUACUGAGGAACUUCCUAACCCAGCUGGAGAGACAGGAGGCUGUGGACAAGGAGGCAACAAAUGGCAUUGCUGGGGAGUUCGCAAGACUGAAAAGUCAGUCAACUAAGUACCGCACUGACAAGACCUUCCCCACCAAGACCGCAGAAAAGCAGGAUAACAUCAAGAAGAACCGAUACAAGGACAUCGUUCCAUUUGACCAUAGCAGAGUGAAGCUCACUCUCACCACGACUAAAAAUGACACAGACUACAUCAACGCCAGUUUCAUCAAGGGAGUGUCCGGUUCCAGGGCCUACAUUGCCACUCAGGGUCCUCUGCCUCACACAGUACUGGAUUUCUUGAGGAUGCUUUGGGAGUACAACAUAAAGGUCGUAGUGAUGGCCUGUCGAGAAUUUGAGAUGGGAAAGAAAAAGUGUGAGCGCUACUGGCCCCUGAAACAAGAGCAGCCAUUUGUUUGUGAGCCUUUUACAGUUUACUGUGAUUCUGAGGAACCUAAAGGAGAUUAUCUGACAAGGACAUUACGGGUGACUUAUCACAACUCUAGCCGAACUUUGCAACAGCUGCAUUAUGUCAACUGGCCAGAUCACGGCGUGCCAGACUCCAUCCCUCCCAUUUUGGAAAUGUUGUACGAGAUGCGUUCCUAUCAAGCCCAUGAUGACGUGCCCAUUUGCAUCCACUGCAGUGCCGGCUGCGGGCGAACAGGAGCCCUGUGUGUGAUCGAUUAUACCUGGAACCUCCUGAAGAAACAGAUGAUCACUCCAAAUUUCAGUAUCUUUGACUUGGUUCAAAACAUGAGAACCCAGAGGCCUUCGGUGGUUCAAACCAAGGAACAAUACGAGCUGGUCUACAGAACCAUCAGGUUACUAUUUGAGAGAUACCUGCAGUCCAUGGACGCACAGACCGGCAGAAAUGUGGUGACAAUGGUCCCAUCUACUAUCGCACCUGACACUGAAAGCGAUCUCAUCGACCUGAGCGAAGAGUUGGAACUGCUGCCACAGCUCCAGAAACUGCUGGACGAGGAAAGAGCAGCUUUAGCACAAUGCCACGCACCCUUACCCCCCGCUUCAGAAAAUCUCAACGCCCCGGGAGCCAAGGACAAGCUGAGGCAGCAACAGCAACAAUGGCACCUGCUCCAGACCGUUCCCGAGGCUUUCGCCACCACCCACGACACGCAAAAAGAACCCAGGGCCUCGCCCAAACCGGUGCGAGCCAGCCAGAGAGCCCCUGCAGUAGAAGAGGCGAUACAGGAGAGUAAUGACAUACCACCACCGAAGCCUCCACCGGCCGUGGUAGCGGUCAUUUGUCACUUGGUGGAAGACCCCUACUUUGACACUCCAUUGUCAUCCCCGUCAUCAGAGGAGGCACCAGUGGACCCUGUGAGAGACGACAAACAAUGGACAGUUAGCUCUAACCAGCCACUGGAGCCUAACUCUCCUGUCUCAGGUACUGUUGAAAUCCAUAUAGAUGAGGAGGUACCUCCUCCCCUACCUCAGCGAACCCCUGAAUCCUACGUACUGGCUGUGGAUGAAGAGAUUCCAGAUCUGUGUGAAAGGGUAAUGCUCACCAUUCCACCUAAUGCUGCUGCCGAGGCUGUCAGGGAGUUGGGAGGCAGUCCCCCCUCACCCGUCCCACCGCUCCCAGAGAGAACUCCAGAAUCGUUUGAGCUGGCUGUCGAUCAAGCUCCCGUGGAGCAGAAGUUAGAGGUCACGCCUGCGGUGGAUCUGAACAGAAUAGGAACGUCUUCAGAAUGGUCGGGUGACUCAAAGCCAGCCGCCGCUGCGUCUCACAGCGAAACAAAAGCUUGGGUGAGGAGUAAGAGUCUGAAAGCCAAAAUGACCUUUACAGUGGGAUCUUUAGCACCAGUAGCACAUCCUGAUCUUGGACUAAGUACAACUUCAAACCUCCAGCCUUUCUGUCCACCUCUGGCUCCUCCACUGCUCACUGCUCAAACUGAGGAGAGCGACACCCCUCCCCUGCCUGACAGAACCCGAGAGUCCUUCAUCCUGGCCACAGAAGAGGUUCCCGAAAAAACAAGCCUCAGCCCGCAGCCUUUAGAAACAACAACAACAACAACAACAACAAGGCAGCACUCAUCAAGGGUGGGCCUGUCAUCUGAGUGGGAUGGCACCUCUCAGCCCAGGAGCUUCCUUGACGUUGUAAAGAGCAGGAGCAAGAGUGUUCGAGCCAAAGGUUCAAGACCCGCACUUUUUGUUUCUACUGCAGAGCCCCUCACUGCAGCUCGGCAGCUCCCCUCACCUCCUGCGGUCGUGGCUGAAGGAGGAAGUGCACAAGUGGGACAUGCUGAUCUGAACCACAGGUCCUCUCUGAACAUCGAGACAUCAGGAAACAAAUCAGACAAAAGCAGCGAGAAGGGCAUGUCUAGAACAAAGAGUUUGAAGUUUUUCAGACACAAACAAAAACCGAAAACUGCCCCUCCGCCACCUCCAUCAGUCGGUGCCUCAUCAUCAGUGUUCAGAUUUGGAUUUGGGAACCGUUUCAGUAAACCAAAAGGACCCAGGAGUUACCCAGAGACCUGGGUUUGAGGCAGCCGCCACUCUCCGAACAUCAACAAAGAACCUGAAGACCAUGAGUGUCUCUUGAAGAUAUCGUGGAAGAUCAAAUACUGCGGACCUGAAAAACACGGAAGGCCUCUUCUCUGUCUCGCACAGCACAGUAGCACCCUCAGCAGAGAGCAGGAAGUGCCUUGCUAUCAGCCCUGAUGCAAUUCAUACUUUUUAGAAAUCAACCAAAGAUUCUUAUAAAUACUGAUAAAGUGCCACAUUGAACAACAUGCAGAGCCGCUCGGACCAGUGACUUAAUAAUUUAAAAAGGUCAGCCUCUAGAAUGUUUUUGCUUGAGGAAGUCUGCUAAAUGCAAUGUAAUGUAAUGUAAUGUAAUGUAAUGUAAUGUAAUGUAAUGUAAGUGAGAAGUCUGCAGCGAAAAGUUUUACACCUCAUGUGCGAUGCGAUGCUGUUAAACUUGGUGUUAAAAGGAAUAUAUAUAUAUCUAAUUAUGUACGUGCAUGUCUGUGUGCUUCUGGCAUGAAAAUGCCAACGGGUAUAACUCUGCAUCUAGUUCAUCACUUUUUCUUAUAAAAGGCGAAAGGCUUAUCAUAAUUCAGGGUACUGUGUGUGUGUGUGUGUGUGUGUGUGUGUGUGUGUGUGUGUGUGUGUGUGUGUGUGUGUCAGAUUUUUAAAGGAUUUGAAAAGCAGCAACUUGUUGAAAAGGAUAUUUUUAAAAAAAGGAAUGUAAAACAUAUCGAAUAUGCAUCUGAUGCGACAUUUAAAUUUUGUUACAUACAAUGGUUACACACAGAAUUAUUUAUUAAAAAAUAUAGAAAGUC